AUGUCUGACGUUUCCAGUCCGUACAGCUAUGACGACAGGAUCGACCGGCUGUUUGAUCGAACUUCAUCCCCCAGCAGAAGCCGUCCUAAAUUUGGGGGUUCACGCAAGAAAUUUCACGAGGAUUAUGAUAAAGAUGAUGUUUACACUAAGAAUAUUGACGGCUCCGUGAAAAUCCCCAGAAGUCCAUAUACCCAUCGCACUCCUGACCGCUAUGUCCUGAAACCACUGGCUUCCUAUAACACUGGGUGUAAAGACCAGCUUUCGAAUUACAAGAUUGCGGCUGAAGCUGCUCAGCAUGAACAUGCUGCAUUGCUGGUGAGGAAUACGAGCUUGCUGGCUGAGGUAUCUGAUCUGAAGCAUAAAUUAUCUGCCAAGGACGUCUUCCUGAAAGAGCUUCAAGAAGAAUUAGAAGGGUUCAAGGAGAAGAAUGCUCUUCAGGCUUCUAAAAUCAAAUCCCUGAAGGACCACAUGAAGGAACUGAGUUACGUGACCAGCGGGAAGGCUGGAGCGAAUGCUGAGAUAUAUUCUUUGAGGAGAGAGAAAAAGGAGCUAAAUGAAAGGAUAACUGACCUGGAAAACAGAGUAAGGUUACACUUGAUGGAAAGAGAAAAGGCGGAACAAAAAAACAUUGGCUGUGAGAAAAAGCUCCAGGAGACUAUUGACCGAUUGUCCUGCUGCCUGAGCGUGAAUGCUGAGAUACAAGAGGAUCCCCUCAAUGUUUUGGUGACAAAGGUAGAAAAGAUGGUGAGAGAAUGUAUUUUGCAUAAAUCCAAAGUGACAAGCCUUGAAGACACCCUGGCCAGCCAACAAACGGAGUUUAAAGCCAGCCGGGAUACCAUAGUCAAGCUGGUAUCGGAGACGGAGAAACACAAGAAAGCCAUAGCCAACUUUCCAGCAGAGCUUAAAUUGCUAAAACAGGAGCGAGACGAAGCCGUUCUAGCCAAGAGAAAUGCUGACAGAGAAAAGGAAAUUCUUCAAGAGAGAGUGAAGGACAACCAUAAAGAAUGGGGGAGCCUGCGCCAGGAACUGAUGGAGAGGGAGCAGAAGAUAAACGAUCUGGACAGGACUCUGCAUACUUCCGGCUACGAGGCUAAAGCUGCUCACAGCUUGCACCAGAGUUUCAUAAGUCAGUUGGCCACCAUCCUCGGCGGUGGAUUUACAGCUGUUCCCAGAACCGAGGAAGACGUGAAGGAGCGGAUCCAGGAAAUGUGCCGCAGUGAGCACACAUGGAAGUCUACAUGUGAGGAGCUUCAACAGAAGAUCAACAAGCUCACCAAACAACUGGAGCAACAGCGGGAUUUGUACCAUGAGGCCAUGGCAAAGUCCUACAAAGCUGAAGAAGUGCUACAAGAACAGCAGGAUUCCAUGAAGCAUUUACAAGGCAAACUGGCUUCAGAAGAGAUGAUCAAAGAUGGUUUUAAUUCUGAGAGGAAAAGGCUCAAGAAGUUCUUACUGCAGAUGGCAGAGAAGUUUAAUAUCAGCCAAGAUAUAUCUUGCGAGAGUCUGAUUUCCCAGUACGACAUGCUGCUGAAGAGGGCAGAAGAUAUUUCUAAGAGGGAUAAAGAAUUUCUGAGUGACAAUAAAACUCUCCUUUAUAACCUUCAAAAAAAGGUGAAUUCCCAGAGAGAAAAAAUAGAGUUAAAAUCUUCCCAGAUUGAACAACUGGAGAAGAAGAUCAAACAGCUUGAGAGAGAAAAAGAGCAUCAAGCCUUACUGAGCACUGAAAAUUCAGCCAACGUGACAGCCCAAAAAUUGCAGAAGAAGGUCGAGAGACUCCAAGGACAGCUCAGUGACAUGAAAAUUGCUAAUCAGAACCUGACGGCUCAGCUUGUCGAUAUGAACGAUCUAAAGGAAAAAACCAACCAGCAGAAAAAAACCAUUGAGCUGCUGAGCAAGUCUUUAGAAAAACUAGAGAAAAUUAAAGAGAAAGCUGCUAAAAAGGUGGUGAGCUUGAAAUCAGAACUGGACUACACAGAACACGAAUCUGUUGGGGAAAAGGCAAGAUGUCAGCAGAUGGUAGAUGCAAUUACUAAUGAGCUGCUCACAGCCAAAAGAGCCCUCGAGGAAGUGGCGAGGAGAGAAAAACAGCUUGUCGACUUCAGAGAAACCAUUACCAGGAUGAUGGGUUUUAAAAUUAACACAAUGGCCGUGCCGGAUCACGAGAUCUUCGACCAACUCAAGAGAGUUCUACGGACUCACGGGCCUGUUGACGUCAGCAGGAACGACAGAUCAAAGUUGCCGUAUGGAUUUCGGACUGGGGACGGCGUACCUGAAUACACCGUGCAGCACAUGAAUCCCAAAUAUUAG